CUUCUUACGUCGGUUUGUUUUGGUUUCUGUUGUGCAUUUGACAGCAUUUCCCACAAUCUGUUUUCCUUUGGUGUACACAAAACAACCGUGUUUUCCACGCAUUUUCUUCCUCCCACUUUCUCGGAAGGUGGCUGUUCAAAGUCAGUGACAGUCGAUAGAAGUGUGUGCGUGCAUCAGACGAGGGAAUGUGUCAAAAGUGAACUGGAAAAAUUUUCCACAUACAAAAAUAAUCUAUCUGCCAGGUGAAAAAAGAAAAGCUUUUACUAACAAGUGUCCGCUUCGCGAGGUUUAUUGCGUUAGUUCGGGAAAACUAGUAGUGACGAGUGACAUUCCAAGCCAUUUAGAAAUCCGGACCCGGACAAGGAUGUUUUUCUAAUUGCAGCCGUCUUGUAUUGUCGCGUUCUUAUCGGAGGAAUUUGUACUUUGACCUUUCCUGGGGAGGACUCCUGGAGGAGACAUUCCAUCACUACUGUUGCCGUAAUCGAAUUGCGGAAACCACGACAGACAAUUCAGGAUUCAGGAUGAGCUCAUCGCACUGGGAGGAAUUUUACGCGACCCAUUUGCCCCCGAACUGCUUCGAGGACAAUCGAUCCCUGCUGAAGGAAUUCUGCGAUCGGCACUUCAAGCUGGACAGUAACAUCGUUCUCAUCACGUCCGGUGGCACUACGGUCCCGCUAGAACACAACACCGUUCGCUUCGUGGAUAACUUCAGUGCCGGCAACCGCGGUUCGGCCUCCGCCGAGUAUUUCCUAGACCAGGGCUAUGCCGUCAUCUUUAUGUAUCGCACCAAAUCGCUGGAACCGUUUUCGCGACAUUUCACCGGCCAACAGCUGCUGGACAUGCUGGAACUGCACGAAGAGGGCAUGAGCACCACCAUAACUGUGAAACCCGACUCUGUGGACGUCCUGGCGCCCAUCCUGGACAAAUACAAAAACGCCCAGGAAACAAACCGGAUGCUGUACAUCACCUUUACCAGCGUGGUCGACUACAUGUGGCUGCUGCGGGCAGCCUGCGAAUGCCUCGCCGCUUUCGAACGGAACGCCCUGCUCUAUCUAGCCGCGGCCGUGUCCGACUUUUACGUCCCCCAGGACGAGAUGCCAACGCACAAGAUCCAAUCGGGUCACGGUGCUCCCACCAUUUCGCUGCAGUUGGUCCCGAAAAUGUUGGCCCCCCUGGUGAGCCUUUGGGUCCCGUUGGCCUACGUGGUCUCCUUCAAGCUGGAAACGGACGAAAACCUGCUGAUUGCCAAAUCGCGCGAAAGCCUCAACAAGUACAAGCACAAACUGGUAAUCGCCAACAUCCUUCAGACUCGCAAGAACCGCGUGGUGUUCGUCACGCAGAAUAAAACCUACGACGUUCUGCUGUCGAAGGAGCAGGCUCACAAGGGUCAGGAGAUCGAGGAGCAGAUCGUGGCCGAUGUGGUCGACCGGCACCAGGAGUUCAUCCGGGAGGGCGAAAUGCAACAGCUGCAGCAACAGCAGCAAUGACCCCUUCGCUCCCCGAGGGCUCUUACAGGUGGUGGUGGUGGACCGCAGCCGCAAUCCCACCAGCCGCAGGGCGACUGCCGGGUUACGAUGCCGCACUUUUGCAAGAUACUGAACCCAGGGAGAAAGUACUGAAGGCGAGGCGCGGCCGGGUAUGUGUUAGUUUUGUUUGUUUCGUCGUUUGGGGGGUUUCGUUGGAACCAAUUGUUGAUUGGACAGAUUGUUUCGUUUCUCGUGUAGGGGCGGGAGGGAUUCGACGGGGCGGUGAAAUUGUAGUUAACGUCGUAUGUGUUAUUACUCGUCUGAUAUAUCUUAUCGUGGAACAAUGGUUAGGCGUAUACAAGCAUAAAACUGAAUUGUGUUUGGUGGUGUUUGUGUGCUACGUAUACAUAGUUGACUUGUAGUUUAGAGAAACACGCUGUAAUAUUAUAAUAAAAAGGAAUAAAAGUGGAACAAAGUUUGAUAUAACUGCACACAAUAUAUUUGACUUGGAUAUCUAUUGGUAAAGUAUAAAGUGAACCUUAAUAUUGUGUGUGUAUGUAGACUAGGCGCAGAAAGGAAUAUGAUGUGAGGGAAUAGGUUUUUUUGUGGGACAGUUUGAAUUAGAAGUAUUUAAAGUUGUACUUGUUCUACUAAGUUGUUGAUUUGUUGGUACUUUUUAGCUACAUCUAUUUAAAUUUGUUAAUUUUGUCUUCUGGCAGGUUAAUCGUUAAGUUAUUUUUUUUUAAGGAUGUAGAGUUGUAGAGUGCGGUGUCUCAGUGCAUAAAUGUUUCUUGUUAAAGUAUAGGGGUUAAAUAAUUAACCCUAACAUCAAUAGCUUCAACACUAUUAGCAUUUUUUUCUCCGUUGAAUCGUACUAGACAGAGGCUGAUUAUCAUCUUGGUGUUCUAAAAGGUUCUAAAAGCACUUACACAAUUAUGAACUAAGACCUUUGUAUGCCAUGUUUUAAAGCGUAAAAAAAACAUCAAACAAAGCUUUAUCAAUCUUCAUCCUCACCAGCCAGAAUACUAGUCUUCCUCUAUUUCUACCUGUAACCACGCAAUUCCUUUUGAUGAUGAUGAUGAUGAUAUAGGCUGCCAUCUAUUGUAGCAAGGUAUCCACCGGUAGCAAUGGCCUAUUCUAACAAAACAAUUUGUUCAAGAUUGUAUGACUAUUCGUAUUCAAUCAUACUCCUGUCUGAAGGGCCAAAAACGAAUGGCGGACCCGUAAGCAGAGACACUUACGCGAAACCCGCAAGGAAAAAGAAUCUCCUUCCAAAAGUAAGUUCACACGAUCAGUCGUACAAUCAAGCCCUUGCUUGUCAGAAAGACCCAAUAGAUGGGAAGAAGAGCCCGCCCUUUUUCCACGAAAUGUUAGCGAUAGGAAGUUGACAGUUUCACUCUUCCUAUCCAUCUCGCUUCAAUCGGGUGCCCUGAUGGUCCCACCCAACCCAAAAUGCAUAUAACAUUGGAAAUAUAAUCAAAUAACACAAGUCAUCAUGGAAAGAUCUCACCGGUUUUUUAUCCUUGUUGUAUUUUGAAGCUGGUCGUCGCAACGAUGUCGUCGAACUAUUUCACCGUUAGCUAUAAAGUAUCAUUUAUGCGAAAUUGUUCAAAAACCGAGAAAAAAAAACAAACUUCCACUCUUCCGAUAAAGCGAUACGAAAAUCAAAUCCACUUGUUGGUCUUCUCAAACUGCACUGCCCGAAACCCGAAAAAAAAACUUCCAUUCCGACGAACCGAAAGCCAAAAAAAAAAACACUUCUGCUAUGCAAAAACUGUACCCGUUUGCUGGGCUUCUCCAAAUGAAGAUCAAACGGUAGAGUUGCCAAAAUCGAACGGGCACUGUAUUAAAUUUGCAACACUCCAAUUGAACACCACUGUACAUGCCCAGUUUUCUAACCGUACCGUCAUCUUGCUCAUACCCGCUUCUCUUUCCCGCUUCCGAAAGAUCACUUUAAUCAGUUGGUGUGGGUAAGACUCGCAAGCGAAAAUUCUCCACACGUUCACCUCUCUCACCACACCACAUCCACCCGUCCUACCUUUCACUACCACUACUACUGAGACCGCGUUCACUCAUACACAAAUCGCUUCCCCCGCGCAUGCUGUCGCCAAUCCUUUUUUUUCACAGCAAUUCCACUUUUUUAAAUUCUGAAUUAUUAACUUUUAAUCCAUUUUCCAACUGAAAUUUAACUUGCACUCGCGACUUUGCUCUUUUCUGCGUUCGGAUAUGUAUUUUUCGUCGAUUUUACUUUGAUAUUUCCACAUUUUUUCACAACCACGCAAUUCCUUUUGGUAGAAGCCUAAACUGCCCAUAAACGCAUAAUUGUCCCAUGUGUUGUGCAUGAUCCAAAUUAUGCAUACGUCUUGUACAACUGUUCUAAAAUAUUGUCUAUCUAACAUACGGUCAAAAACUUUCUGAUUAAGUAUAUUUAUUGGGUUUAUUGACUGCAUUAAACUGAUGAAGCUUUGUGUUAAGUAUUUUUUGUGUGCACUUUGAAUGCAGUUUCCUGCGAGACAAGCAAACAAACAACGGUUAGCACUCGUGGAAAAGAUUUUGUUCAAUUUGAACGACUUAAAUGUUGGACUCCGCACCCCAUAGGUUAAAACGAAUAUUAUUGCGGCUAUUAUUGUGAUGGCUAAUUGAUUUAUCCCUUAGAAGGUCAUAAUUUCACUGGACAUUAAAACCCAGUUUUGAUGGUCCGAUCUGCUCGUUGAGAAAUGACACCUCUCAUGCUUCUAACGAUCCACGCAGACAAUUAACCUGGUUAACUUUGUCCAGCAUAUUUUCUAACACCGUUGCCCUGGACGGUCCUUAAGGCAACGCAGCCUCUCGAUCUUGGUUUCAGGAAAAAAAAAGAAGCUGAUACCGUGAAGGCCCCAUACUCUGCGCACUUAAGGCUUUUCAAAUUUCAAACAGCUGUAAUUAAUUGAAAACAAAACACAAUACUCUGAAAUUUAGGGAGCAAAUACUCAUUGAUCUUAUGUAUGAGGAAAAAAUAUAAAAGCUUCACUAAGUAAUAAUUUUUAUUGCAAAUUUCAAAUUUUUCUCAAAGGUGUUCGUGUUCCUAACUUUGCGCACUCAUUUUUGCAAUGCUCCUUAUUCUGCGCAUUUAGGUUCCUAACUCUGCGCACUCGAUAAAUUCUUUAUAACAGUUGAAGUAUUUUACUAAAAGCAUUACUAGCAUUUAAACUCUGCAUCAAUCUUCAUUUUCUUGCAUUAUACGGCUUUACGUCCCCAGUGGAGCGUGGAAUGUCUCUAACAUAGAAGUUUACUAAGUGAAGUAAAUUUUAUCUAUAAUUUAAUCCAUUAUAAUUACUGUUACUGAAGUGCAACUCCCAAAAUACUCGAAAUCAUCAUAUGAUUUCCAAAACAUGUAAUUAACUUAGUUUUCUAAAAUCUAAACCAACAUACAAAAAGGGUACAAACUACGUCUUUUUUGCGUUCACCCUUGGCGUGCAGAGGAAAAUUAGCUUUGACUGUUUAUGUAUUUUCACUAGAAAAUAUAAAAACCAAAUUUUCUUUUAUUCAAUUCGGAUCCGGGUUUGGUAUUAAAUAAUUGUCUCGAAUUCGGGUCGGAUCCGGGUUUGAAGAAAAUAAAUAAGAACGUGGUUUUGGUUUGUUAUAAGUCAAACCCGAACAUUUCUAUUAAAUACAAAGAAUAGUUUGAGCGAAAGGGUAUACUAAUUCUUAAGCGAGACGUAAUUAAUGAACGAUUCCUGUUACAGAUCAAUAACAGUACUUUAUUGGCGUUUCUAUAUAGUAAAUACGAUUAAACCUCGAUGUUUCAUUACUCGAUAUUGACU